AAAGGCAGUUAUACACUAUCCAUGUUUGCUAUACUGCUAGCUCUUUUUCUUUCUUUUUUUGCUUUUAAACCAGAGCACUGCUCAACUCUGGCUUAUGAUGGUGCUGGGGGCAGAAUCUGGAACUACUUGCAUGAUGUCCUCUGGACAACAGUUAUGCUAUUUGCUAAUAGAGUUUAUUUAUUUAUUAUUAUUAUUAUUAUUAUUUUAACCAGAGCACUGUUCAGCUCUGUAGUGGUGCUAUAGGCUGAAUGUGCAAUGUCAGAGCCUCAGGCACUAAAGCCUUCUUACAUGAUCUUUAUGCUCUCUCCCUAGUUCCUCAGCCCUAUAAAAAAUAUCCUAACACGAGGCUAGAGUCUCGCCCAGGCACAGCUUUGCCCCGGCGUGCGGGAGUCCUCGGAGAGCAGCCGCUGGCCUUAUUCGCUGGCUGUGGCCCCGUGGCCGGGCCGGUCACCAGGCCGGUGACAGGUGGGCAGGUGCCCCAGGCUGACUCCAGAGAGCUGGCUGGGCAGGCUGUGACGGGCACCCACCCUUCCAGCCACCCCGGCUACUUCGGGAAUGUCGGCAUGCGCCAUUACCACCUGAAGCGGAACCAGAGCUUCUGCCCGACUGUCCUGGACAAGCUGUGGACCCUGGUCAGCGAGCAGACGCGGGUCAACGCUGCCAAGAACCCCGCCGGGGCCGCCCCCAUCAUUGACGUGGUGCUAUCGGGUUACUACAAAGUCCUGGGAAAGGGCAAGCUCCCGAAGCAGCCUGUCAUCAUGAAGGCCAAAUUCUUCAGUAGAAGAGCCAAGGAGAAGAUCAAAGGUGUUGGCGGAGCCUGUGUCCUGGUGGCUUGAAACCAUGCCUCCUGGAAGGCGGGAAGGUUCAUUAAAUGCUGUGAAUGUGGCUGUGGUCUGAGUGAUUCUUCUGACACCUCGCCUUCCUCACACAUGUGCCUUGUAAGACCCUUGGUUUGAGCUGCUGUGUAACUUCAGCUUUCACUUGUAAAAUGAGCUGUUAUAAAGAUCUGUAAGUUACAUCUGAAAAGCUUGUCUGCCCUAUGCUUUGAA